AACAGGACAAUGUGACAGUCCUGUCACAAGUAUUGUGAAUGUCAGGUCACUGUCAGGUACCGAAUGAAAAUUUUCCAAUGAAAAAACAGUUUAGUAAAAAGUGAAUUAUAUUAGUUUAGUAGCAUCGUUAUUCACCGAGCGACUGUAAACGUAGUGCAAUUUGUAGCAUGAUAAGUUCCCAUAAUCAGUGCGGCUCGAAGAAAACACGUUUAGAAUGGCAGAGGCAUGGCAACCGACAGACCACUCUUUUGAUAUUAUUUGCAGAUCAAAAGACCACCCCGAUAUCUCCAAACAAGACUGUGCUAGUCCUAGUCCAACCGAAUGUAUUAUAGAUUCCUGUUCAGAAAUUAUACCUGGCCCGUCAAACCAAGACGCAGCUGUGCCUAAAGAUUUACUGGUUAAUGGAAUCAUAGUUUUAACAGAUGAAAAUUCCGUCAGUGACACCAUUGAUCAGGAAGCUUCUAUUGAAGAAAAUGAUGUGCCUCAACCUGUAAAUAUUUGUGCCAGUUUUUGUUCAACGCCAAAAAGUUCACUAGUUAGAAGAAGCCCAGCAGAAAAGUCUGAUUACAUCGAAUGUGAUUUGAAAAAACGAAAACUGGACGUGAACGAUGCCCGUCCUAACAAAAGACCACUGGUACCUGAAGAAGAACACAACUGCUUAUCACCGAAUACUCAAAUGAUCCCAAGGGCAAGCACGCUUACUCCAAGUAAUCGCUGGCCGGUCAUUCCAACGAAAGACAAUCCACCAACAGAGAUGCCCAAUUGGUUGGGUCAGUUCACGCGCUGGUCUAAUGCGGAACGAAUCAUGGCCCUUACCGAACUGAUUGAUCGUUGUGUGCCGACUCAAGUGCGACACAUAAUGCAAGUGAUUGAGCCUCAAUUCCAAAGAGAUUUUAUUUCAUUGUUACCAAAAGAGUUAGCCUUAAAAGUGCUGUCGUUCUUGGAUCCGCCCGAUUUAUUGAAGGCGGCGCAAACUUGCCACAGCUGGAAGAUGUUGGCCGACGACAAUCUGCUGUGGAAGGAAAAAUGCCGGGAAGUGGGCGUUGAAGAUGUCCCAGCACGGCGCGUUAUCACCAGGGUUAUUAAAAUUAAAAUGUCGCCAUGGAAGGCUGCGUAUAUGCGCUUCCACGACAUUGAGAUGAAUUGGCGACACAGCCCAAUUAGAACGCCCAAAAUGUUGAAAGGUCAUGACGAUCAUGUGAUUACCUGUUUGCAAUUUUCCGGCAACAAAAUCGUCAGCGGAUCUGACGACAAUACGUUGAAAGUUUGGUCGGCGAUUAGUGGAAAGUUGAUGCGGACGUUAUCAGGCCAUACGGGGGGCGUGUGGUCAUCCCAAAUGUCCGGCAAUAUUGUAAUCAGCGGCAGCACUGAUAGAACCUUGAAGGUUUGGGACGCUGAAUCGGGCAUUUGUCAGCACACUUUAUUCGGCCACACAUCAACUGUUCGAUGUAUGCAUUUGCAUGGAAAUAAAGUGGUUAGCGGAUCGAGGGAUGCGACGUUGCGUGUAUGGAACAUUGAAACGGGAGAAUUCCUGCAUGUGCUGGUCGGUCAUCUGGCUGCAGUGCGAUGUGUGCAAUACGAUGGACGUCUGGUGGUGUCCGGUGCUUACGACUAUAUGGUGAAAGUGUGGAAACCUGAGACUGAAGAGUGCCUCCACACACUGCAGGGUCACACGAAUCGGGUCUAUUCGUUGCAGUUCGAUGGGGUGCACGUAGUGAGUGGAUCGUUGGACACCAGUAUUCGUGUUUGGGAUGUGGAAACUGGCACCUGCAAGCAUACAUUAAUGGGCCAUCAAUCACUUACCUCCGGAAUGGAACUGCAGAACAACAUCUUGGUUUCGGGAAAUGCCGAUUCCACUGUCAAAGUGUGGGACAUUCUGACUGGCCAAUGUUUGCAAACAUUAUCGGGCCCAAGUAAACACCAGUCAGCAGUGACCUGCUUGCAAUUCAAUAGCCGAUUUGUGAUCACUUCGUCAGAUGAUGGAACAGUGAAGCUUUGGGACCUGAGAACGGGAGAAUUCAUCCGCAAUUUGGUGACUUUGGAGAGUGGCGGAUCUGGUGGCGUCGUUUGGCGAAUUAGGGCGAACGAAACCAAACUGGUUUGCGCGGUUGGUAGCCGAAACGGGACCGAAGAGACCAAGCUGCUGGUUUUGGACUUUGACGUAGACAAUAAUUCCAAUUCGUUCAUCAUGAGAUAGGACCCGGAUCGGCAGUGUGGUGGCGCCGAUGACUAGUGGGUGCAGCAAUGUCUGAAGUUAAUUGUGAGCGAAUGGCUCGAAUGGAGAUAGUGGAAGGUUGCAAUGAUCACUAUCUGCUUGGCCCUUGAAGCAGUUUCACUAAGUGAGCUUUAAAAAUCUAGUCAGAAAAUUCACUAAUAUCCAAGGUUUCCUACCGAAGCCACCGCCUUUUGUUAUAAGAUGUUCCCUAUCUUCCUCAAACUGUUUUACUGCUAUGUUGUGUAAACCUCUAUCUAGUCUCCCGCUAGAACAUUUUCGGAACAUGCACUGAAUUGCUGCAGCUUUCACACUACGGCCAAAAUCCCACAGGUACAUUGUCAUCCGGAAUCGCUAGUGAAUUAACAAAACAUAAACUUAAACAAUUAUGUGCAAGUGUUAUCCUGAGAGUGAAUGCGUUAUUUUUGUAAGAAAAUCUCUCCUUAUAUUGGGACAUUUCUGAUUAAUGCUAAGUUCAAUAAAUGUUGACCCGCAUUUCAAGAGA